AUGCCACCAACUGUGCAACUACAGCCGGCCGGACGGGACGAGGAGGAGGAGGAGGAGGAGGACGCGGGGCAGAGCCCGGGGAGUCCGCUCUCCGGCGGCCGGCGCGCGCCUGCGGACGGACGGGGACGGGAGGGCGGCCCCGCGCCGCGGCGUCCCGGCGCGGAGCCCGGCGCGGCGCCGUCCCGGGCGCCCGGGAACGCGGGUCGCGGCGAGCGCUCUCCCCGGCGGGUGUCGGGACGCGCUCCCCCGCCGGGGCGGCCCCGCACGGCGCCCAGCCCGGUGUCACGCCCGAGCGGGCGGCCCGGCCGGCGGCGGCGGGAGCGGCGGGACCCCGGCCGGCAGCCGCGCUCGCCCCCUCCGCCCCCGAGCGGCGCGGCGCGGAGCCCCGGGCUCCCCGCGCCGGACCCCCCCGCGCCCCGCACCGGCCCGGCCGCGCUCCCCGGAGUCCGCCUCGGGGAGCCCCACCAUCCCACUAGGGGACACCAGGAAUUGGGUUUGUUUGCGGUGCCUCCGAAGGGGCAAGAUGGCGACAAGUGCCAGGGCGCAGGCGCCGCCGCGCGCUGCCCGUCGGGAGGUGUAGUUUGCCUUUCCCGCCUUUCAGAGCCCGGCCACCACAAGGCCUCCAUUCAUUCCGUCUCCCGGUUCCUCCGCCUCCCGCCGGGAACAGGCAGGCGCCGCGCGGGCUGCCGGGAGUUGUGGUCCGAACCCGGCCUCCGGCCUCGCCCGCUCCUGAUUGGCUGCCGCGCGCGCGCAAGGCCCGCCGGGAGAGCGGUUCCCGGCGCGCUCACGGACCCCACGCCCCCGUCUCUAGCUUCGCGCCGCCGUCCGCCAGCCAAUCGGCGGCGCCCCCCGCCACGUGUGGCGUCACACGUAGCGGCCAAGAUGGCGCCGGCGGCCGCCGCGGAGGCUUCGCCGCCCGCCUCGCCCGGCUCGGGGGCCGGCACGCCGUGCCGCCGGGGCGCGCUGGAGGGUGGGGACGCGGGGCGCGGGGCUCCGGGUCUCCAGCCGCCCCAGCGGCGAGGCGAGGCGAGGCGGCCCAGGCCGCGGGAGCGGCCGGCGGAGGCGAGGCGGCCCCGCGACCGGGUAGGUCCCGCCCCGGCUCCUCUUUAG